CCCUUCUUCCUCUCCAAGCAAAAACACUUUCCCCUUCCAAAAUCCCCCCAAAACCUCCAUUCUACGGUUUCUUCCCUGCUCCUCAAUUUCACGCCUCCUCUGUUUAAUCUCCGGCUUCCUUCAAUCAUCCCGUUCGGAGUUUUCGUCAAUCGAUUACUAUGUUGUUGUCCAGGGUUUUGUCUCGCGUCGCUGGGAACGCUGGCGGCCGACGCUCCCUGCUUCUUAUCUCCUCUGCCUCCACCAAACAGCAACAGAUUUCUGGAGUCCAACCUGUUAUUCAUCAGGGUCUCGAGCAUGUGUCCGGGUUUCAUCAAUCAGCCUAUAAUUCUUUUCCCUUUGGGAAAUUUGGAUUUGCUUCAUCUGCUUCACCCGAGCAAACAGAAAAGGAACAAGGUGCUACACAGAGCAAUGACCAAGGGAAAAUAAACGGAGAUGCGGACUCAGGUGCUCUUUCAGAAGAUUCAGUGUCUAGAGAGAGCAAAGAGCCAGAUUCGGAGGAGGAUGCUGAUGAUCUGUCCAGGGAUGACUUGUUGAAGCUUGUUGUUGAGAAGGAUGAGCUUUUGCAGUCGAAGCAGGAAGAGUUCCUGAUGAUGAAAGAUAAAUUCCUCCGUGCCUUGGCAGAGAAUGAGAAUGUCAUGGAAAGGACUAAACGUGAAGCGGAGAACUCUAAAAAGUUUGCCAUUCAGAAUUUUGCAAAAGGUCUGCUGGAUGUUGCAGACAACUUGGGAAGGGCUUCUUCAGUUUUCAAAGAGAGUUUUGCGAAGAUUGAUACAUCUAAAGACAGUGCUGGAGUGGUGCCACUUGUGAAGUCGCUUUCAGAAGGAGUCGAUAUGACAGAGAAACAACUUGGGGAGGUAUUUAAGAAGUUUGGUCUGGAAAGAUUUGAUCCAACAAAUGAGCCUUUUGAUCCACAUAGACAUAAUGCUAUGUUUCAAGUACCCGAUGCUUCUAAACCUCCAGGCACAGUUGCACAUGUUCUGAAGGCAGGAUACAUGCUCCAUGAACGGGUGAUUCGACCAGCAGAAGUCGGUGUUACUCAAUCAGUAGAGAAUGAAGCAGAGGCGGACUCUUAAGCGAAAUGAUCCAAUUGUCAUGAUAAAAAGAAGCAGACUCUUGGGAGAAACUGUUCUUGUCAUCCGGUGUUCGACAUCAUUCAGGCAUUUGUCUGUUUUAUUUAUCUGGGAUAGUUUAUAAGAUGCUGGGAAGCUAUGAUGAGAAGAUGCUUCUUCUCGUUGUGCCUGGAAAUGUUGUAGAUUUGAGGGGUUUCUGUUGCGUUCUUCCUUCCCCAAAUUGUUGAAGAGAGAUUCAUUUUGUUCGUUUCCUUUCCGUCUUUUAGUUGCUAAUCAAACACGAUAGCAUUAGCAGAAGCACAAAUUUGUGUCUUGAAAAUGAGGAACUUACACUGGAAGAGUAUUUUUUUUCUCCCCUGUUCUAACAACUUGUAACUCGUUGGUUGCGAGCAUAUUACUGUGUAUGGGUAUGGCUUAAGUUGUAUACAAUAAGAAUUGCCUUGGUCCCUCUGCAACAACAGGGUUAGCCCAUCAUGUAAGUCAUGCUGCUGUUACCGUGAUACAAGUGAGGGAUAAACUAAGAUGAAAUAACUACUGCGAUACUUACAGAGGGAUCACUGAAAUGUAUAGUCUCUAGACUUCAGAUAGAUACAUACUAACACCAAACAACAUAGACAAUGACAAGCUACCACUGGUUUCUGCCUAGGCGGGUUGGUAACACAGAGCUACAAGCCAUAUACAAUACGAUAUAAUGACGAGUCUCGAGUGUUCUCGUUCUGACGAGACUACCACUACUGCUACUGCCAGAAUUGAUCCCUCACAACCUUCUGUAAAGGCAGCCACAACUUCCUGGUGUCUAACCAAAAGCCCAUGCCCUGCUUGAAUUUGCCGCCUCCUCCAUUGCUUCCUCCUUGUGCUCGCUGGGGGACUCUUUGUCCUCGUUGUCUUGGCCUUUCGAGCAUAGCCCCAGGUCCAGGGUACCGCCAUUAUCCGGAUCCUGUGCCUCUUCCUUCAUAGUCUCAUCAUCAUCCUCCGGCUCAUCAUUCUCAGAAGCAUUGGACUCACUAAUCUGAUUCCCCUCACUUUCUUUGACCUCAACAUCAACGCUUUUCGCUGCCUUCUUUCUCUCCUCCAGCGCUGCAAUCGGAGUGUAGCGGAACUUCCGCCUGGGAGGCUCCUCCGCGGCGGAAGAGUCGUCGCCGCCUGCGCCUCCUCCGACAGCGAGAGGGGUCCAUCGACAGAGCAAGAGGCGAGAGCUGUCGUUGCUGCUGUUGUUGCUCAGCGCGGCGCUGUGGUGGCCGUUGGAGCGAGAGCUGUUGUUAUUAGCCGCCGGCGGUGGAGAAACGUGGACCCACUUCUUCUUCCACUUCCUCACCGGACCGUUGAACACGUUCGCCGCAGCUGACGGGCCGUACCGAGACGAAGCGCGGCCGAGCCGAGACCCCACGCCUUCCAUAUUUUUACCCCCUUUCUGUUUCUUCUCUCGCUCGCUGGGUUCGACUGAAGCCUAGUGGGAGCUAACGAAAUAGAGAGCUCCGGCCACGGUUUAAUUAACGAGCUCCGUCGGCGUUCGUUGGCUUGUGACAGUGAUAGACAGCAAGAAGAAGAGUCGGAGAAUACUGACGACUGGCGAGGAGAAGUAUCAGUGGAAACAGCAAACAAGCAGAGCUAAAAAAAAGGGCAAAAAGCUCAAUUUCAUACACAUACUUUUAUGUUAUUGUUAAUUGAAUGCUUUAUUAUUGAAUUUGAUCAAUUUCAUCCUUAAUUUCGUGGCUUUAUGGAACUUUUUCACGGAAUCAACGGUCUGUUCAUUUUGAUUAAUAGCCCGGGAAACGUCCGAUCCUAACGGCGUCGUUCCAGACCGAACUCGGCGUUUAGCAGGAGAUGCAUGCUUUUCGAGUUCCUCCGAAAAUGAAAAUAGUGACAGUGUCACGUCCGUAAAUAGCUCUGAAUCCGCGGGGCAAUUUUCCGGUAAUUGGACUUGAAGUGAAUGGCAGUCACAGACACUCAGAACCCUUUAGUUGCAGAAACGACCUGUGGUACUUUGCUGCAGAAGCUUCAGGAAAUUUGGGAUGAGGUUGGCGAAACUGAUGAGGAGAGGGAUAAGAUGCUUCUCCAAAUAGAUCAAGAGUGCUUGGAUGUUUACAAGAAGAAAGUUGAACUGGCAGCAAAGUCAAGGGCACAGCUGCUACAAGCUCUGUCAGAUGCCAAAAUAGAGCUUUCAACUCUCUUAUCUUCCCUUGGGGAUAAAAGUUCUGUUGGAACUUAUCAGCCGGAGAAGACUUCUGGAACAAUCAAGGAGCAACUUGAAGCCAUAGCACCAGCACUUGAACAGUUGUGGAAACAGAAAGAAGAGAGAGUGAGGGAAUUCUCCGAUGUGCAGUCACAGAUACAAAAGAUUUGUGGAGAUAUAUCUGGGAGCUUGAGCACUAAGGAGACUCCGGUAGUUGAUGAAUCUGAUCUAUCUUUGAAGAAGUUGGACGAAUACAAUGCUCGCCUACAGGAACUUCAGAAGGAGAAGAGUGAGAGACUGCACAAGGUCCUUGAGUAUGUGAGCAGUGUACAUGAUCUCUGUGCUGUCCUUGGGUUGGACUUCUUUAGCACUGUAACUGAUGUUCAUCCCAGCUUGAACGAAUCUACUGGUGUUCAAUCCAAAAGCAUUAGCAAUGGUACAUUGGCAAGGUUAGCUAAGACAGUCCUGGAGCUCACGGAAGAUAAGAAGCAGAGGCUCCGCAAGCUUCAAGAGUUAGCGACUCAACUGAUUGAUCUGUGGAACCUGAUGGAUACUCCGGACGAUGAAAGGAAAAUGUUUGACCAUGUUACAUGCAACAUAUCGGCUUCAGUUGAUGAAGUGAACAUGCCUGGUGCUCUUGCUCUAGAUCUCAUUGAACAGGCUGAAAUUGAAGUUGAAAGGCUUGAUCAGCUAAAGUCUAGCAGGAUGAAAGAAAUAGCCUUCAAAAAGCAAUCAGAACUUGAAGAGAUCUUUGUUCAUGCUCAUAUAGAGAUUGAUCCUGAGGCUGCUCGAGAAAAAAUCAUGGCACGGUUAGAUGCCGGGAAUGUGGAGCCGGCUGAGUUACUAGCUGACAUGGAUAGUCAAAUUUCAAAAGCCAAAGAUGAAGCUCUUAGCAGAAAGGACAUUCUGGACAAGGUGGAGAAAUGGAUGUCUGCAUGUGAAGAAGAAAGUUGGCUUGAAGACUAUAAUCGGGAUGAUAACAGGUACAAUGCAAGCAGAGGUGCACACUUGAAUCUCAAGCGAGCAGAAAAAGCCAGAACUGUAGUCAACAAAAUUCCAGCUCUGGUUGACACCUUGGUUGCCAAAACACGGGCAUGGGAAGAGGAACGUGGCUUGCAAUUUACAUACGAUGGCGUUCCUCUACUUGCCAUGCUUGAUGAAUACGCCAUGCUUAGGCAGGAAAGAGAAGAGGAGAAGCGGAGGAUGAGAGAUCAGAAGAAGUACCACGAGCAGCAAAACACAGAGCAAGAAACCAUCUUCGGUUCGAGGCCAAGUCCAGCACGACCGGCUGGACCCAAGAAGGUUGGUCCAAGGGCAAACGGAGGAGGCUCGAACAAUGGAACUCCGAGCAGGAGGCUGUCUUUGAACACUUCUCAGAAUGGCAGCAGAUCAGGAAGUAGAGACAGAAGGGAGGCGAGGCUUUCUGCUCCUACUAAUUUCGUCGCGAUAACAAAGGAGGAUGCUGCCUCCCAGGUCUCUGGUACUGAACCGGUUCCUGCUUCACCGUAGGGGAGCCGAGGAGUAAGAUGUAGGCUUUACACCAUUUGCACAACAUCUAUGUUGUUAUUACUAGUAGGAAUUUGUUGUAGUGGUAUAGAUAUGAAGGAGACAUGAUAAACUGGAGAGUUUAAGAUAGUACCCUGUGCCCCCCUGUUCUGUGUAUUAUUGCCAUUUGGAAGUUUUAUCCUCUAGUCUGCUGCAAAUCUGUGUCGAGGAUUUCUUAUGCAUGUAUCCCAUUGCUCCACACUGUUACGUUCCUAGCAACUAAUGUUCUAACCCAACUUGCAGCUGACCUAAGCUGUAAUCCCCUAGGUCUACCAUGAUCCAACUUUUGAUCUCAUAAGCAGGCUACAAUCAUGUCACAAUCUUCAUGUAGG